UUUUUUUUUUUUUUUUUUUUUUUUUGUACCAAAUGUGAGAAACAAAUUUAGAUUAUUUGAUGAAGAUAAUCUAAUUGCAUGGUUUUCAUUUUUUUUUCUUUAUUAAUUAUUAAUUUUUUUCCAUCUUAUAUACGAAUAUGGAAAGUCCAUUUUUUAGUUAGUUGUUUAUUCCAAAAUUUGGUCAAUGGUAAUAGAAGAUAUGUUUGUUAAUUAAUAGAAUUUACUGUAAUUCAUUCAAAUUUCAAUUUCCUCGACCGUUGCCAGAAAUAAAGAAACAGAGGAAAAGAACACAAGGCCAAAAAAGAAAAACAAAUACAAAAGAUCCCAAAUUCUGAUUCUCUCGCUCUAUCCAUGGAAUUGGAAGCACAUUGUUUAACACAUAUUUUCUUCAAUGUGUUCUUCUUAGCAUUAUCACUUCCAAAUCUUAUAAGAGUAUCAGAAGCAUCACCAUGUGAUUUUCCUGCCAUAUUCAAUUUUGGAGACUCAAAUUCCGACACAGGUGGGCUAUCGGCUGUAUUUGGGCAACCCCCUCCUCCCAACGGAGAAACUUACUUCCGCCACCCGGCUGGCCGGUACUCCGAUGGCCGUCUUAUCAUUGAUUUCAUAGCGGAAAGCUUGGGAUUGCCAUAUCUGAGUGCAAAUCUGGAAUCGGUGGGUUCGAACUUCAGCCAUGGAGCCAAUUUUGCUACAGCAGGAUCAACAAUUAGACCUCAAAACACAACCAUGUCUCAAAGUGGAUACAGUCCUAUUUCAUUAGAUGUCCAAUUUAUUCAAUACUCAGAUUUCCAAAAAAAGUCCCAGAAAUACUAUAAUCAAGGAGGAGUGUUUGAAAAAUUGUUGCCAAAGGCAGAUUAUUUCUCUAAUGCUUUGUACACCUUUGACAUUGGCCAAAACGACCUCACUGCUGGUUACAAGCUCAAUUUCACUGCUGAUCAAGUAAAGGCAUUUGUCCCUGAUUUGGUAGCCCAAUUAUCUAAUACUAUUAAGUCGGUGUAUGCUGAAGGAGGAAGAUCAUUUUGGAUACACAACACAGGCCCAGUGGGCUGCUUGCCAUACUCUCUGGACAGAUUUCUAAUAACUGCAGCCCAAAUAGAUAAAUAUGGGUGUGCUAGCCCAUUCAAUGAGGUUGCUCAGUAUUUCAACCAUAAAUUGAAACAAGCUUUGGUUAAUCUCAGGAAAGAUCUUCCUUUGGCUGCCAUUACUUAUGUUGAUAUCUACUCUGUCAAAUAUACUCUAAUCACCCAAGCCAAAAAAUUUGGGUUCAAGAACCCUUUUGUAGCUUGUUGUGGUCAUGGUGGUAAGUAUAACUAUAACACAUCGGCAAGAUGUGGAGCCAAGAAGAUUGUGAAUGGCAAGGAAGUGACAAUAGCUAAUUCUUGCAAAGACCCAUCUGUUAAGAUAAUUUGGGAUGGAGUCCAUUAUACAGAGGCAGCUAAUAAGUGGGUUUUCCAUCAAAUUGUGAAUGGUUCUUUUUCAGACCCACCAAUUCCAUUAAAAAUGUCCUGUCACAACAGAAUGUAAUGUACCAUUAAUUUUACUUUUUCUUCUCUUUAAUUUUAUAUUUUUAAGAAAAUGUAAUGUAAUAUAUAAAAAUAUCUAUAUUUGAAGUCUCUGCUCUCAUAAAGCAGCUAUUUCCGAACUCAUUAUUCGUAGGUCAUAAGCCUCAAAUUUUGACCUAGCAAAGUUACUCAUUUGAUUGAAAAUUGCUUGGCAAUAGAGUGGAAUGGACCACUGGUUCACUUUUGUUUUUUCAA